AUGCGUCCUCAUACCGCAUCGCAGUUCUUCCUCACCUUCUAUCUCUUCUUGCGGCCGCAAUGCGUAAGGGCCGAGUCCCAGUGUGCCAUCGAUCCCAACUCGAUCGUUUCCGAUGCCUGCACAUCCUAUUCAGACCUCGAACGGCUGAACGCCGAAUUAGAACCCUCCCUCGACGACUUGACCCAAAACACCGAUUUCUUCGCCUAUUACCGUUUAAACUUGUACAACAAAGCCUGUCCUUUCUGGAACGAUGAGAACUCCAUGUGCGGCAACCGUGCCUGUGCCGUGGACACGAUAGAAGAUGAAAGCGCCAUUCCACCUAUAUGGCGAGCAGAAGAGUUGAGUAAACUGGAAGGAGCCCGUGCAAAACACCCUGGAAGAGCACAACAACGAGAAAGACCGAAAGACCGGCCUCUCCAAUAUCAAUUGGGUGAGAACGUCGACGAGACCUGCGUGCUUGAAGAAGACGAUGAAUGUGACGAGAGAGAUUAUUGUGUCCCGGACGACGAAGGUGCCGCGGGCAAGGGAGAUUACGUGAGUCUGGUCAAUAACACAGAACGUUAUACAGGAUACUCGGGCAUGGGAGCCCGGCAAGUCUGGGAUGCGAUAUACAAAGAGAACUGUUUCACGGCAAAGUCGCCUCGAGAGGCAACCUUACCAUCCAAACAAUUCCAAGCAGCACAGAACUUGAAAAACGUGUUCCAAGAAUAUGGCCGACAGCAUGUGGACCAGAAAGACGAUCUGUAUCCGCUAGAUGACCAGUGUCUGGAGCAACGCGCCUUUUACCGGAUCGUGAGUGGGAUGCACGCCUCGAUUUCCACCCAUUUGUGCUGGGAGUUCUUCAAUCAAACUACGGGAGAAUGGUUUCACAACGUGGACUGCUACAAGGAGCGUCUGCAUACCUAUCCAGAGCGUAUCUCGAACAUCUACUUCAACUACGCACUCCUGACCAGAGCGGUGGCCAAGGCGAGGAAGCAUUUAGAGUCAUACACCUUCUGCUCCGGUGAUCCACAGCAGGACUUUGAGACGAAACAGAAGGUUUUGGCGUUGGCCGAUAAAGCUGCCUCGGGACCGCAUACCUUUGACGAAUCGGUCAUGUUCCAGGAUCCGGCGGUCCUUGACCUGAAGGAAGAUUUCCGUAAUCGUUUCAGAAAUGUCUCCAGACUCAUGGAUUGUGUGGGAUGUGACAAGUGUCGCCUCUGGGGCAAAGUCCAAACUGCCGGCUACGGCGCGGCUCUGAAGAUUCUGUUUGAAUUUGACGAGACCAAAAAUGGAGAGAAUCCGCCCUUACGAAGAACCGAGCUUGUUGCGCUGGUCAACACCCUCGCUCGCGUCAGUCACAGUUUGGAUGCUAUUCAGAAAUUCCGCGCUGCUGUCAACACGGGCGACUACAGUGUGCUGGACGUGAAGGGGCCGCUUGGAGUAUCAUCUGAGACUGUGGCCAAAGAGUCGAGCAGCCCUGCGGCAUCGCCUCAGCCGUCGAGCGCCAAUGAUGACGAUUUCCAAGAUUUCGAGGAUGAGCCCGAACCGCCACUGGUCGAACAGACCAUCUCGGAAGUCUUUUGGUCUGAACUAGAUCUGGUGUGGCGGGCUUACAAGAUGGUCCUGCGCAGCUGGGUUGAGAUGCCGUUCAAGUUUUUCGCCAUCUUUGUUAUGGAGCUGAAUCGGUUGUGGAACUACUGGCUGGGGAUCCCUGUGCCGGAUCGGUCGUGGGAUUUUCACUUCCCGACCCGGGAUGAGUUGUGA